ACCACCACUUUUUAUGAGGAUGUACAUCUGUCUUCAACCAUUGAGAAGUGGUUUCAUAAAAGGAUACAGACCUCUGAUAGGUAUUGAUGGUUGUCAUCUAAAGAGAGCCUACCCAGGACUUGGAAAAGAUGGAAACAAUAACAUAUAUCCAAUUGCCCGAGCUAUAGUUGAAGUGGAGAAUAAGGACACAUGGUGUUGGUUCUUGGAGUGUUUGAAAAAGGACCUUGGUGAUGUGUGUGAAGGUGGUGGUUGGACAUUCAUGUCUGACAGACAAAAGGAUCUCCUUGAAGCCUUUGAAUUGCAAGUCCCAACUGUUGAGAAGAGGUACUGUGUCAGGCAUAUCUGGGCCAGCCUCAAGCUUCAAUUCAGUGGAUCAACCUUCAAAGAGCUCUUCUGGAAUGCUACUAGGGCUACAACAUUGGUUGACUUUGAGGUGGCAAUGGAAUCAAUAAAGUUCCUGUCUGAAGAUGCAUAUGUGUAUCUAGAUAACAUUCCUGCUAAGCACUGGUCUAGGCAUGCAUUUUCUUCUGAUUGCAAAUCAAAUAUGCUAUUGAACAAUGUCUGUGAGACAUUCAAUGCUGUUAUAAGAGAUGCAAGGGACAAGCCAAUACUCACUCAGAUGGAGUGGAUUAGAAGGUAUAUGAUGAAGAGGCAUAAUGAGAAAUGGGAGGCUAUCAAGAAAAUGGAUGGGAAGCUGAUGUCUUAUGUGACUAAGUUUUUUGAGAGGAUUGAGAGGGAUGUAAGGCACUGCAUAGUGCAGGUUUCAAGAGGAGAUUCCUAUGAGGUUGAGCUCAAUGGUAAGAGGACUUGUACAUGUUACCAUGGCAGUUAACUGGUAUUCCAUGUGUACAUGGUUUUGCAUGAAUAUUGGACAAGAGGGUGGACCCAGAAGACUUUGUGGAUGUGUAUUACACAAGGAAGACAUAUAUGUAUGCAUAUGAGGAAGCUGUGAAGCUUAUGCCUGGAUCCAAGCAUUGGGAGAAGCAUCAUCUCAGAUAGCCCCUGCCUCCAGCAGUAAGAGUUAUACCUGGGAGGCCAAAGUUAAAGAAAAGAAAGCUGGAGAGAGGAAAGGGAGCACCUGAGUGCAAUGGCAGACAACCAAAAGCACAGAAAAGACAGAAAAGGUGUGGCAAUUGUGGACAGCUUGGUCAUUAUGCCAAGACUUGUGGGAAUGCACCAAUGCAAGUUCCUGUAGCACCACUUGAGGCCAACAAAGCAUGCAAACCAAUUUUGCAAAAUGAUUGGAUGAAGGAACAAAGAAGGAGGAAGGAGGAAGGGGCUACUAGGAAGGUGUAUAAAUUAUCCUGCCCAAGUAUUACUAACUUGCAUGAACUGUUAGAUUUUGAUGGUUUUUCUUCUUCCUUUUUUUUUAAUACAUACUGGUGGAACUCCUGGUCCAUGGAGCAUAGCUAACAACAAAUUCCCUCAAGAGAGACCAUCCCAAGAACCUACAGCCUGCACCCAAGCAUCCCAGGCAUCAACAACAACAACAGUAGCAACAUACUCACCAACCAAGCAAGGGAAAGGGAAAAAGAAGAAAAAUUAGGAUGCACUAGUUUUUUUAAGUACCUAGACUUUUUUCCAUGUGUUUAAUGUACUCUGCAACUAUGCUACUAGCUUUUUUAGGUGAACUUUGAUUUGGCACUAAAAAUUGUCUGUAACAACUAAGUAUCAGAAUUAAACUUUGAUGGUUUCCAUCA